AUGGUCCCUCCACAACUUAAUCACAAGUACGCUAUCGUAAAACUCUAUCCGGGACUGGAUGAGACAAUUUUCGGAAAAUUGCUGAACGGUCUCGGUCUCGGAGUCGUGUUCACGAACGAUCUGACGGAUGGCCACCAGGCUGAGAAGCAAAUAAUUUCGAGUUGUACAGAGAAACCCGUCGAUGCCUUGGAAGAUCCUCCAUCGUCGGCUGAUGAACGUGCUGUUCGUGAAUGGAUGGCAUUGAUCGAAUUCAUCGAAACGAAUGUGAAUGUGGAUCUGGAGGCGAAAUCCCUCGAGCCGUCAUCGAAUGACGCUUCAGUACAAACCAGUGAAUCCGAAACAGCUUCCUCGAAAAUGGACGAUGGUGCUCCGAAAGUUAUAACGUGCAUGUUGUGCCAAGAAGAAGUGCCCAGAGAUAAGUACGACUACUCCAACUUCCAAUAA